UAUAAUGGGAGGUGUGUUGCCAUCGAAUGUCAUUGGAGCUACGUAGCUACAGGUUUCUAUGUCUGGCAAUAAUUUAGGUGCAAUCAUUAAUUGUGAAUCCUAGUUUGCUGUUGUUUUCGCUUAAAACACAGACUUCGACUCCGUGUUUCGCCUUAUAUUUUAGUGCUACUGUACAUAAUGCACCGGAUCGUGGAGUGCGUUCCGAAUUUCUCAGAGGGCCGGGACCAAAAGAUUAUUGACGAGAUCGCAGGGUCCAUCCGCGACACUGCGGGAUGUAUCCUGUUGGAUGUCGAUGCUGGGGCGUCUACCAACAGGACCGUCUACACGUUCGUGGGGGAACCUGACGCAGUGGUGUCGGGGGCCCUCAACGCUGCCAAGACUGCAAGCAAGUUCAUCAACAUGGCAGUCCACAAAGGGGAGCACCCCCGACUUGGGGCGAUGGACGUCUGUCCCUUCAUCCCAGUGCGUGGCGUCACAGAGGAACAAUGCGUCUUCUGUGCCAAUGAACUAGGCCGCUUGCUGGCGAGUGAACUUGACGUUCCAGUGUACCUGUAUGGUGCUGCCGCCUCACAGGCAUACAGGAAAACUGUAGCUCAGAUCAGAGCUGGAGAGUACGAGGGUCUACCCAACAGAAUCGAGGAUGAAAACUGGAAGCCAGACUUCGGUUCCUCGAAGUUUGUGCCGCGGUGGGGAGCCACCAUGGUGGGUGUCAGGAAUUUUCUCAUCGCUUACAACGUGAAUCUGAUCUCUACUAAGGAACAAGCGCACAGGAUCGCCCUGAAGAUCCGUGAACAAGGCCGCAGUACAGCGGAGUCGGGCAGGCUGCCUGCCGUACAGGCUAAAGGCUGGUGGCUGGAGGAGGCCAACAUGGCGCAGGUGUCUAUGAAUCUCACCGACCAUGACGUCACGCCCAUACACGUGGCGUACGAGCAGGUGUGCAAGGACGCGGCCGCCUUGAACCUGCCCGUCGUCGGCUCCGAGAUCGUCGGUCUUGUACCACUUACGUCUCUCCUCCAGGUGGCGGAGUACUACAUAAGCAGGGAUAACCUAUUCGUCCUUGAAGAGGAUCAGAAAUUGAGACUCGCCAUUAGCAGGCUUGGGUUGUCAUCCCUGAAACCCUUCGUCGCAAAGGAACGCGUGAUCGAGUACCGACUGGGCGACGCGACCUCAGGGUCGUUGGUUCGUCUCUCCACUGAGAGCUUUGUCCGCGCUGUUGGCAGUCGCUCUUCUGAACCUGGGGGCGGAUCAGUUUCCGCACUUCUAGCGGCCCUUGGCGCAGCGCUUAGUACGAUGGUCGGACAAAUGACGUACGGUAAGCGUCAGUUCGAGUCUGUCGACGGUGCGAUGCGAGAACUGAUACCCAUCGUGCACCGCGCUAUGAACAACUUCCUACCUUUCGUGGACGCAGACGCAGAAGCCUUCAAUCAAUAUAUGGUGGCUCUGAAGUUGCCAAAGAAAACACCUGAAGAAGCGGCUGUUAGAGACAAAGCUAUGCAGGAAGGUCUCAAGAAGGCUGUGGAAGUUCCUUAUAAUCUUGCGAAAGAAGUGAACCGUUUGUGGCCCACGCUUGUCCGUUUAGCAGCUCUAGGGAACCAGGCGACUAUUUCAGACUUGAAGGUUGGAGCGCGUUGCUUGGAGACCAGUGUUUGGGGCGCGUAUCACAACGUUGCCACCAAUCUCAAGGAGCUGAGGGAAGACGAGACGAAAAGCGAACUGCAGGCUGAGAUAGACGAGGCAGUGCGUGUCGCUCAAGACGGACUACAGAUGGUGCUGUCAGCACUAGCCGAGAGGGAGGGAAAUUGACAUGAGUUUGCGUUCAAGUUACCAUGGAGAACGCGUCUACAUUUCACGUAACAAAAAAUGGAUCUAGCGAUAUCGUGAAACGUUUAUUAAUGUGGUCUGAACAGGGAUCAGUUAUACUAACAGUUGGGUGCAUUUAUACGUUGGUUUAUUUUGUUUCUUUGUAAAUUUUUUAAAAUUAUUUUACCAUUGUUUAACAUUGGAUUAAAUAAAUUGUAACGAAACAUUAACCUUGUUGAUUGAGGUUUCAUGGAUUAUGAAUAUGAUAACACGCUAAUCUUUGUAUAGCGAAUUUAACUUUUGUAUGUAUCAGUAAAAUAUAACCUCUACUUUACGUGAAAACCUAA